AUGUCUGUUGUCGAGUACCUUCGACUAUUGGAUCAGUGUAGCAAGGAAAUCGUUUGGCAAUCUGAACGUGAAUGGUUAAAACUUAUUUACGGCCGUUUUAUUCCUGAUGGCUCGGUAGACGAUAUCACAGACGUUAUUACGUUACUUAACAAGCUGGAGGAGAAGAAUCUUUUAGGGAUUGAUCGUCUUAAAGUACUGAAAGAACUACUGAAGGGGAUAAGAAAGUGGGAUCUUCUUCGAAUAUUGGAGCGAUUCGAAAUGAAGAGAAAGGAGUACAGACAGUUACUGGAGCAGAUAAGUCAUGCACUCGAAGAGUCCAAUGAACUGCAACGACUCAUUUUAAUCUGCAGACGAAAAAAUCUGGUCGCUCAUGAAAGAGAAGAACACAUCAAAAAUGUCGAUGCAUUAUUCGCAGAGUUAGAACAACAGCACGAGUUGGGGAUAGAAGACCUCACUAUCCUGAAAACCAUAGCAACCGAGAUGGAGAAACCAGAUUUGUGCAGACUAGUGGAGGAGUUUGAGAAGAAGAGAAAACAGGAAGAAGAUGCCGAGAGGUGGGACGACAACAUACGAAGAGCAGGAGCUCAGGCCGCUUCUGUUCUUUCUGGUGGAAUAAACAUUGGAGAAAGAUUAAUAGGAGUUGUUACACCUUACUGUACUUUCCGCAAUCUUGCUGGUGGUGCUGUGGUCGUCACUACUUGGAUGGUCCUGCGCAGGAGUCCCAGCAUGGUAGAAUUUGUCAGUGCUUUCAAAGAAGCUGUUCUUCCAUUGGGAAAUUGCUUGUGUGCAAUUAGUGAAGGAUCGAUCCGAUUUACAAUUCAAGCAGAAAGUAUGUCAGCUCUUAAGGCACUGUGGCAAAGUUAUCAAGAUAAAACACUACAGACAAAUUUACAAGAAUUUCUUGUUACUGAGGAAAUAAAGCAGCUGGCAGGUGGUGAAGUGACGUUGACUGUGCACAUCAGCAAGGAUGAAUACAGAAAUGCUCUGUGGGAUUUGAUGGUAUCAGAAAGAGAAGAGCUGACAGGCAAAGAAAAGGGAGGAUUGAAACAUCGAGCAAGGUCUGAUUCAGACCUCUCAAGAAUGCAAGGAGUGGAUUCUGAGAAUGGAAAAGAUCUUGUUCAUGUUGGGGAGUUUAUGUCAUAUGAGAGAAAAAUACGCGUUGAAGAAUUCUUGGGAGAUCUGCCAGAGAAUCAAAGCACGAUUUCGCGAACGGCUGACAGCGGAGUAGGUACUUGGAGUUGUGCUUUCACUGAAAGCAGAUCCAAAGAAGGCGCUGAAGAAAGCAGACAUGAAAAACUUAACCACACCGAAGCACUGCUAACAGAUGCCAUUGAAAUUUUGGACUGCGCAUUGUCAGAUCUGAGGGAAACAUCGUCAACUGAAGCUGUUUUGAAAUCCAGUGUCACAGCAGCGAAGCGAAAAUUGGAAAACAGCAGAGAAAAGAUUUAUACGUGGCAAGAAUCAAGAGAGGAGAUCCCUGGUGGUGAGGAGUGGAAAAUAGUUGCUGAUGGUUUGGGUUUGACCCCAAGAGAGAUUCGCUUUCUUGACCAGCGUACUUUGAACCCCAUGGAAGCUGUGCUCGGUUUUGUGGGCCAGAAGAGCUCCGUAAGAGUUGAAACACUAUAUGACUUGAUGACUGAACUUGGGUUGCCCGAAGCAGCUGAUCUUUUUGCUGAUGCCGCCCUUGGUGGAUCAAUUACUAAGGCUUAUUUGAAUGACAAAGAUAAAGAGGGAGGCAAUGGUAACAUUGGGCCUCCUUCACUGAUGCAAGGCACAGGCAAUCAAGACAUUACAGAAUAA